AUGGCAUGCAUACAAUCAACGGUCUCAACACAUCAAGCAAGGCUACUCAUCGACCAAGGAUCUGAGCUCACGUUCAUCACGGAGGAUCUCGUCAGACAACUCAACAUACAACGUCGACACGCAACUGUCUCAAUCAUUGGCAUUGGAGCCAGGAAAACGACUAGGACCAAGGGCGUGGUGACGCUCACGCUUCACUCCUAUCAUUCUAAGCACACUGCCAUUAUUCAAGCCCACGUCCUCAAAACACUAACGACCAUUCUACCAUCUUUUACAGCACCUCAACAAACGUGGCCACACAUAGAACCUCUGACAUUGGCAGACCCACAGUUCCUCACGCCACGCUCAAUCGACAUCAUCAUUGGAGCUGAUGCAUACGGGCAGAUUAUCAAGCCUAACAUCAUUAAACGAUCUCCUGACCUGCCAAUCGCUCAACUCUCAAUAUUUGGUUGGCUAGUGCUUGGUCCAGUCAGCUUAUCACCAUUACAAAUGUCGACUGCACAUCACAUCAAGGUUAACCAGUACGAUCUCGAUCUUCAAGAAUUGCUGACAAGGUUCUGGGUGCAAGAAGAGCUACCAACUGACCAGCUACAGCGGACCAGCUUACCUUGGAAGAACAACAAUGUGAAGAUCAUUACAAGGCCACACACUCUAGAGAUCCAACGGGACGAUACAUUACGACUCAACAAGGAUAAGGAAUAUCAGAGCCUCUACACCAAAUUCAUGAGCGAGUAUGAACAACUCAAGCACAUGGUGAAAGUUGGAUCACAACCAUCAUCCGAUGUUCCGCCAUAUUAUUUGCCUCACCAUGGUGUGCUCAAACCUGACAGUACAACUACAAAACUGCGGGUUGUCUUUAAUGGCUCGAGUCCGACCUCAUCAGGAUUAUCUGUAAACGAUCUCAUGCACACUGGUGCAAAUCUAUUGCUCAAUGUUUCAGACGUUCUCUUGUGGAUUCGUAGUUACAGGUACAUCUUUGCCACAGACAUAACAAAGAUGUAUCGACAAAUCAAGGUACACCACUCAGACUGGGAUCUGCAGCGCAUUCUGUGGAUCGACGAACAUCACAAUGAAACAUCAUAUCAUCUCACCACGGUCACUUAUGGAACGAAGGCUGCUCCAUUCCUCGCAGUAAGGACACUCAUGCAACUGGCCGAAGAUGAAGGCUAUCGAUUUCCACUGGCAGUGCCAUCAAUCACUCGUGGGAGGUACGUGGAUGAUAUUUUUGGCGGUGGUGACACAGGAGAACAGCUCAUAGAAAUUGCCCAUCAAUUAGAAGAUCUCUGCCAGGCGGGCGGAUUUCCUCUUGCCAAAUGGCACUCCAAUCAUCCAGAAUUGUUAAACGCCAUCUUAUUGACAGUCUCGAUCAACUCACCAGCCACUUGA